CAGACCCUAAUGUAGGACCGUGUCUUCUGGACCUGUCUGACCUUAUAGUUUCUGACAUUAUUCAAUCUCAAGUGGCCAAACGUCUUGAAUGAGGAUGAAUAAAGGGGGCUCUCGGUCGACCACCUCGCUUCCACCCGAGCCGGUGGAAAUCAUCCGUAGCAAGUCGCACUCCCGCCGGGUGACACUCAAUGUUGGGGGUCUUCUCCAUGAAGUUCUAUGGAGAACGCUGGACAGGUUGCCCCGAACAAGGCUGGGCAAACUACGAGACUGUAACACUCAUGAGUCUCUCAUGGAGAUAUGCGACGACUACAGUUUGGAUGAUAAUGAGUAUUUUUUCGACAGACACCCUGGGGCUUUCACAUCCAUUCUGAAUUUCUCCCGCACGGGAAAGUUGCACAUGAUGGAGGAGAUGUGUGCCUUGUCAUUCAGUCAGGAGCUGGACUACUGGGGUAUAGAUGAGAUCUACCUGGAGUCCUGCUGCCAGGCCAGGUACCACCAGAAGAAGGAACAGAUGAAUGAGGAGCUCAAACGAGAGGCCGAGACUAUGAAGACCAGGGAAGGCGAGGAUUUUGAUACCACAUGUUGUUCCGAGAAGCAAAAGAAACUUUGGGAUCUCCUGGAGAAGCCAAGUUCAUCUUUAGCUGCUAAGGUCCUGGCCAUCAUCUCCAUCCUCUUUAUCGUGCUGUCAACCAUUGCCUUGUCUCUGAACACCCUCCCGGAGCUGCAGGACAUAGACGAGUUUGGCCAGGUGACAGACAACCCUCAGCUGGCUCACGUGGAGGCGGUGUGCAUUGCCUGGUUCACAAUGGAGUAUCUGCUCCGCUUCAUCUCCUCACCAAGCAAGUGGAAGUUCUUCAAGGGUCCGCUGAACAUCAUUGACCUGCUGGCCAUCCUACCCUACUACGUCACCAUCUUCCUGACUGAGUCCAAUAAGAGUGUUCUACAGUUCCAGAACGUCCGGAGGGUGGUGCAGAUCUUCCGAAUUAUGCGUAUUCUGCGUAUUCUGAAGCUAGCCAGGCACUCCACAGGGCUCCAGUCUCUGGGCUUCACCCUGAGGAGGAGCUACAACGAGCUGGGCUUGCUCAUCCUCUUCUUGGCCAUGGGCAUCAUGAUCUUCUCCAGCCUCGUCUUCUUCGCUGAGAAGGAUGAAGAGGACACCAAGUUUAAAAGCAUCCCGGCCUCCUUCUGGUGGGCCACCAUUACUAUGACUACGGUGGGGUAUGGGGACAUCUACCCAAAGACUUUACUGGGCAAGAUUAUUGGGGGUCUGUGCUGCAUAGCUGGAGUGUUGGUGAUAGCCCUGCCCAUCCCCAUCAUCGUCAACAACUUCUCAGAGUUCUACAAAGAGCAGAAGAGGCAGGAGAAGGCCAUCAAGAGGCGGGAGGCCCUGGAGAAGGCCAAGAGGAACGGCAGCAUCGUUUCCAUGAACAUGAAGGAGGCGUUCGCACGCAGCGUCGAGCUCAUGGACGUAGUGGUAGAAAAUAAUGGAGAGAACAUGGGGAAAGUGCAGGACAACCACCAGUCUCCCAGCCACAGGAAAGGGACUCCCAAGCGGACCACCUCAGAGACUGGCUCUGCCAAAUCCCUGGAGCCCAGCUCACCAGACAAAGCCCGUCCUGCCAGCCCUCAGCACCUCAACGCUCAGAAACUGGAGGAGAUGUACAACAAGAUGGCCAAGACCCAAUCUCAACCUAACCUUAACAGCAAGGACAAGGGGCCUUUAUCUAAAUCAGCCAAGAAGAGAGACGAAAUAGAGAUGGGAAGCAUCCCCACGGAGCCUGCCCCAACCACAGACAUGAGGAGCAUGUCCAGCAUUGACAGCUUCAUGAGCUGCGCUGCCGACUUCACCGAAAGCGCCCGCUUCUCCCACAGCCCCAGCACCAGUGUACCAGGGAGGGUUAGCACCAACCCCGUGCUUGAGACCACCCUAGAGCAUGAGGCCAUAGAGGGCCCCCACACUGCCACCAAGCUCCCUGGAGGACAAGGCUCCAAGCGCGGCCUCUCUUACAGCCCCCAUGGCCUGCGCUUCAGUAACCCCCUCAAGAAUCGCUCACUCAAGGUCAACUUCAAAGGCGGGGGCGCGGGUCCCUCCUCCUCCUCAGCACAGGGUCCAGGGGGUGGGGCCCUUUCAGAUAGCUCCGCCCUCUCUGACCACUCCCUCAUGAGUCCUGAGAUGUCUCUCUACACCACCGCCAGCAGCAGGACCCCACCCCAUGAGACCCUGAUCCCCACAGUCUUCACAUUCCACGACGCUUCCAUCAGUAAGUUCAUCGACGCUGACACAGACGAGGAGGAGCACCUCCAUGACAGCUCAAGCACCAACCCCUCCCAGAGGCUCCUGGGAAAAGCCAGCCCCAAGCUCAGCUCCCACAGCAGCCACCACAUUGCAGCCAACCACCUGGAGGGCUCCCAGAGCAUGCUGGCUAACAGUGUGUUCCCCUUGGAGGGCAGGCCAGGGGGGGGACAGGAGAACAAUGUGCUCUCCCGGGGAGAGAGGAGUUGUUCAAACACCAAUAAUGAGAGCAAGUGA